CUAUGGAGGUGGGGGGAGAACAACCUUGAGCUAGGCUAUGGAGGUAAGUGGAAGGGAAGAGUACAGGUACAGGAACAGGAAGGAGGGAAACUACAAGUGAGACUCACCUUUGGAUAUGGUGGGACUUCAUCUCCACUUCCUUGGUUGGCGCUGCAUUUCGGACGCUCCUGUUGGGAUACCGGCUGGACAUGGACUUCAUACCGUAGCUUGUUCAGUGUGGCUAUGGCGGACUGAGAUGGGAGAGGCAUGGUGGUAGGGGGGUAGAGGGUUGUCCUUUGAACAUGUGUGCUUGGCAGGGAUGAACCACCAUAGCUGGCUGUGCAACGAUGGGGAGAAAGAGGGAGAGAGAGAGAAUGGUCUAAAGGAGAGUUCUUUGAGUGGUGGCGGUCGCGUACAAGUUUUUGGCGCAGCACGUUAUAUAUGCGCCGAGAUUUUCUUUUGAUCACGCGUGCACAUGGUCGUGGUUUGCGACAGGAUACAUCCGCCGUGAAAAGCGACGGAGUUUUGCUUGAGCGCGAGGGGACGUGUUUUGGGACGCGUUGAACGCUGUCGUACUACCUAAAGCUUUCUUCUCUCUCUCUCUCUUUCUCUCUCUCUCUCUCUCUCUCUCUCUCUCGCUGUGUCUGUGUGUGGACCCUCUGCAUGACUUUGUGGUGGUCCAGGUGGAUGAGUGUGGUGGGCGCUGUGGACACCUGCUGAGCAAGGAUUUGCGGCGACUGGAGUGAGUGCACGCAAAAGUCAAAAUGGGAGACUCAGGAAGACCACCUCCUCCCAAGCCAUGGGAGACCUCUGGAGCAGCUAGCAGCAACAGAGGGCCUUCUCCCUUUGCCCCGCCUUCGAGUGCUAGCCGGACUGCUGCAGUUGUGGCAUCAUCUUCAAGGGGAGGUGAUGGUACAAACCAGGAGGGAGGUGGACCAGAUGGCAAGAGAAAUGGGAUCGCUGGAGCAGGAAAUGGGCUUGGGACAAGUGGGCCCGUUGUUGCCGGAAGACCCAUGCCGCCCAGGCCGUGGGAGGUAGCAGGACAACAAGGCUACAAUUCUUCGCUGAGUCGAACUGGCUACAACACUUCGGGCUAUGGAGGGGGUGCAGCUGGAAGCGGCUACGGGGGAUACGGAUAUGGAACCUAUGGGAGAACAGGGAUGUACGGAAUGGGAGGAGGCAUGGGGAGCUACGGGGGGGGUAUGUAUGGCGGAGGGGGGUAUCGAUCUGGGAUGUACGGUGGCUAUGGGGGGUAUGGUGGCAUGGGCGGUGGCUAUGGAAUGGGGGGUGGCUAUGGAAUGGGGGGUGGCUACGGAAUGGGCGGCGGCUAUGGAAUGGGGGGUGGAUAUGGAAUGGGGGGGGGGUAUGGGCCUGGGAUGGGUGACCCAAACGACCCCCAUGGUGGACCACCUCCAACUCCUCCUGGUCCUUGGCAGUCCUUUCUUCGGGUGAUGCAUGGGAUAAUGACAUUUUUCGGCCGACUGUCAAUCCUCGUCGAUGAAAAUACGCACGCCUUUCACUUCUUUAUCACUGCUCUCCUCCAGCUGUUUGAUAGGGCCGGUGUACUGUACGGCGAGCUUGCACGGUUUGUUCUUCGCUUACUGGGAUUCAGAACCAGGAAUAGAAAGGCCAAAGCUCUUCCAGGUGGCAGCGGGGAGAAGGCUAUUCCAGGUGCCUCUUCGCCAGCAGCUGUGGAGAGGCGGCCUGGGGAUGCUGGCGGUUGGGACGGCCUGUGGAAUGACUCCGCCAUCAGCCAGCUGGCUUAUCUUUCGUCUGCGGUGGGAUGCUGUGCAAGGUACGACGCGCUUCUCUUGAGCAGCGCUGUUUUCUACCUGCUUUUUAAAGAGUGUGCAGCUCAAAGCGAUUGCCGAUACUUGUCAUGGCGGCAUCGUUUCAACUGCUCUUUGUGGAUUCGGCGCCCUUUCUAUUGCUCUCCAAGCAGAGUGCAAGGAGAAGCAGAAUGCAAGGGGAGAAGCAGAAUGCAAGGGGAAGCAGAAGCCCCCCCUUGUAUUGCUCGGCAAGCAGAGUGCAAGGAGAAGCAGUGACCGAAGCACCGGUGUUUUUUUUUUUUUUGGCUUAGGGUUUCGCACAGGUGAUUAAUUCAUCGAAACCAUAUCUCCCAUAUAUGGGAUCUAGGGAUGCUAUGUGAUCUGAGUUAUCGGGGGGGGUAGGGUGGGGGUGCGCGGUGGUCCUUGGGCACCACAGAGCCCUAAACUCCAGGUGGUCCCCUUGCAACCGGAAAGCAUUUGACUGUGUGCGGUGCUGUUGUGGGGAAGUGUCUAUAGUGUGGAAACGUGGAAAGACUAGAAAGUUGAAAUAAACAGACAAGCGUGCUUUGCUCAAUGAGCGUCGCAAGAGCCGUGUAGGUUUUUGGCAUCUUUUAGAAGAUUUGCCUGCUUCAGUCUCUCCACUUCAGGUAAAAAAAAAUGCCCAUGCGAGGACUGUUGUGACCGAGUCUGGGCACAUUUGUGAGUCUGAUCUUCUGAGUACUCUGCCUGUAGAAUGCGCAUCUCUCUCGUCUCUGGUGUCCAGUCCCAGUACCAUGGGCUGAUUCGUUAAAGACGUGAGCUUUUUUUUUUUUUUUUUUAUGUAGCAUUCCCUGUUUUCUUGCGCGUACGGGUAUUCAAGGAGUCUCAUCUUGCUGCCUUCGUCAUUGUCGUUUUAGUGGUCUUUACGUGUCCCCUUGAUGAGAUGAGAAACACUGCUUACCUCAGUCUGGAAGUGUUUUCAGAAUCCCUUUCGGCAUGCCUCGGGAACGUUGGAACCUUGUCCUAUCCUAUCUGGGCAGAUUGCGAUCGAAGCACGUGUUAGCCCUACGAACAGCCUGUAUGAGCAUGGCGCAGGCAAUGGUACAGUCAGUCACUCGUGCACUCUCUCGCUCACUUGGUCCAUCCUGUGUCAUCAACGCCGGCAUGGGCAGUCUGUGUCGCGACGGUUCCAUUGCCUGCUAGAAGUGAAGCUGGUUGGCAAGUGUAUACGAGUCCAUAGGUUCUGGCUGUAUUCAUGUCGAUAUCCGCUAUAAAUAGACUACGAUGAUUCCACUGGCAUGUUGAUAUUCCCUGAGAGACUAGAUAGAUUCUUGCUGUAUUCAUGUUGAUAUCCACUGAGAGCCUGUAUUCAUGUUGACAUCAACUGAGAUACUAUGUGAUGCUGCCUGCGACAAUGACCGUUGAAAGUACUCACAGGGACCGUCGACAUGCACGAAGAGACGAUGACCGUUGAAAGUACUCACAGGGACCGUCGACAUGCACGAAGAGACUAUGACCGUUGAAAGUACUCACAGUGAUGCUGCCUGCUCCAGUGAUUGUAGAGAGUUACUCACAGGGGGUGCCCUACUGAGAACAUGGCUGCAUGCGAACAUUGCAAAGUCUAUGUGUACUUGGCAUGCAGUGGGUUGGAUGAAGGGAAGAGGAGUGUACGUUUAUGCUAGCCGAGAGAUUCGUAUUGCUGUUGACGUGCACUGUAAGAUACUAUAUGUGAUCCUGCCGGCUGCUUUGACUGUAGAGAAUACUCACAGGACUAGGAGUACCUUUAUGCGGACCGAGAGACUGAUGGUUCCUUUUGGCAUGCACUAAGGGACUAUGUGAUGCUGCCUGCUACCUUGACUGUAGAGAGUACUCGCAGUGAGGACAUGGUUAUGCUGCAUGGUUAUGUACUUGCCACUUGGCACAAGGUUGUGAGUGGAGGCUGCACCGGCAUCCUGAACUGUCUUGUUGGGCCCAGCAAGUUUCCCUCUUGUGCCAGUUCCACUGUAGCUGUGGGUGAGAGCCGAAGGAUACUUGGUUGCUGGGACGGCGGACAGACACACUACCGUCUUCACCCGAAUAGAACGCCCGGUCAUUAUAGCGGUAUCUGGGGCAGUUUUCUGUCUAGAUGCAGCGAUAAUGACCAGGCGUUCUAUUCGGGUAAAGACCGGAAGGGCGCCAGCUGGAGGGGAAUGAAAAUGGCCAUCGUGCUCAGGCAUCAGUCGGUUGAAACUUGAAAAGCAGGAGGGGCUUGAAUGAAAAUGGCCAUCGUGCUCAGAGGCAUCAGUCGGUUGAAACAUGAAAAGCAGGAGGGGGCUUGAAUGAAAAUGGGCAUCGUGCUCAGGCAUCAGUAGGUUGAAACGUGGAAAGCAGGAGGGGCUUGAAUGAAAAUGGCCAUCGUGCUCAGAGGCAUCAGUCGGUUGAAACKUGAAAAGCAGGAGGGGCUUGAAUGAAAUGGGCAUCGUGCUCAGGCAUCAGUAGGUUGAAACGUGGAAAGCAGGAGGGGCUGGCUGGCUCUGUUAGAGAAAGGGAGAGGGCUUGUAAUGUUGGUAGGGUUUUGUUGGUUCGGGCACAUGACCAGGUACUGAAACAGAAGAAAGAUCGCGGUUCGGGGAUGUGACUGCAUGUGGGGCAUGCACACAGGACAGGGUUGCUUUAUCUUCCAGAUACCAGAAGGCAACAAAAGAAGAAGGAAAAGGGAGGAUGGAAGAGAAGGAGAUGACGACGACUUGUCAUGUGCGGCGAGGGGCCUCAAGGAGGGCUGAGUUGGUUGAGCCAUGUCCAUUUGGAAGUGUACAAGUGAAUUAAUUCACAGGAAGGGGGGUGGAAAGGGUUAGGCUCAUCAGAGUUCUCGAGGUGGUUCUCUCAAGUAAUGGGGGACGUGGGAUGAAAAAUGUGCGAGACAAAAAGGCGACACGUGAAGACGAUCACUGAUGGCCACCAACUGAGCUCUUGUGGACUCCCGCAGUCCGGUCCUAUGGACUGUCUCUGCUGUGCGUCCCAGGCUGUCUGCUGACGCCAUGGUUCUGUGGAAUCUGUCUCUGCGGGCUAUCCAAGAGGAUAUACUUCUCUCAACGAAGUCGACCAAAUGACGUUUGCAAUCUUGGCAUCGGCAAUCUGCCUGCAGGGCAGGCUCUUAUUGCAACAGCCAACAAGA